ACACAGCAAAGUGAAAGCACGCCUUUCCAUCAUAACUCUAGUCUCUCCAAAUCUGCACCACCCUUAUUUGGAUAAUUAAGGAAUGUGAAAAAAGUAUAUUUGCGCUCUCCGUAUAAUUUGUCUAGCCGCCAAAAGUGAAAUAUUUAUACUGAUCGUUUUGUGGACUGGAGCUGCAGGAUGCUAAUGAGGGCACCACCUGCUAUAUGACCUUGAACUACCCUAGCAACCGCCUCGUUUUCGUUCGUAAUUUCCAAGAUGGCGGAAAACCAGGCAUAAAGUCAUCAACAAAAAUUUGGUUCAGUUGAUAUUAUUUUAAUAUAAGCAGUGAUAAAAAAUUGUCCUGAAAUAAUGGCUGACAAUGAAGAAAGUGAAAAAGAGAAACAGCAAGAAGAAAAGGAAAUGGACACGCUGAGUCCACCAAAGACAGCUGAAGGAGGGUCUAAACCCGGUAGUGCCAAAUCCCGUCAGGGGAGUGCCAAGUCCCGUCAGGGGAGUGCCAAGUCAGGAAGCCCUCCCAAAACUCCUGCAAGUGGCAAGGGAAGUGCUAAAGGAAAACCAAAAUCUUCUGUAUCAAAAACCAAAGAACCAGCAGAAGAAAAGAAAGAAGAACCUAUACAUGUUGAAGGUCCAGGACCAUUAGCUGAUGGACCAUUACCAGAAGGAUGUCAACCUAUCUUCUUGGCUACUAAGACACAAGAGUUGUUUGAGGUAACAUGUGGUGAGCAGAUCACGGAGGACCAUCCAUAUAAGCUGGUCAAAAAGGAAGACAUCUUGGCUGACUUGAGGAAUAGGGCAGCUGUCUGUGACUUCAGUGUUUUCAAACCUCAGAUUUUGGAUUAUCCAGGUGAAGAAAUUUUGCUUAUAUAUGAUGCAGAUUUCAAGCACGGACAAAAUUUUGUAAUUGCCCUGACAGAAGAAUGUAAAAACUCUAUUCUUCAUCCCCCCAAAGCAGAGGGAGAGGGCGGUACUGGAGAGGGUGGAGAGGGAGGAGAGGAGGAGGAGGAAGUAGAAUAUAAAUACAUUCCACCAGUACCCAAGGACUGGGUGUCACAGGGCAGUGAAAAAGAAAUUGAAGAGGAGAAUGUCUUUGAGACAAGACCACGGAUCAAGAUCUCUAUCAAGCGUGUAAGAAGAGAAUUUGGUACACCAGUGGAGUUCUCAGAUCGCAAUGUGGCCGAUGCUAAAGAUGGUUACCUGGAAUGCACACCAUAUGAAGACAAGACAUUUGAACUCAAGGCAAUGGAAAUUGACAAGUCUGUUCAGGCCAUUCCACAUUAUGAUAACACGGGCACACAGACAGAUUGGAAGCACCCAAGAAAUUCUACCACCCAAUACAUGGCAAGAGAGUUUGAUGACAAAGAAAAGAAAGAGGCAGAAAACGCUGAAAGAAUGGGAGAGUUUUUAGAAAGUGUUGCACCAAGGUUUGAUCUAGCACUGCAACAAAAUGAGAUCAUGAAUGUGUUUUAUGAUGACUGGAUGGGUCUGGCUGAUGAAGAUGGAAGCUUUGGCAGCAAGGCUGAUAACCAUUUGAAAGAAUACCAAUCUUUCACAGACUUACAGUUCAGUAAAGAUAAAACUAUCACUUGUAUCGAGUGGCAUCCAACUAUUAAAGGUGUUGUUGCUGUAUCAGUAAGUGAAAAGAUGAGUUUUGACCAGAGGAUAGACCAAGCUGCCAAGGUUAUCAUGAACCCCUCACUUAUACUAAUCUGGAGUUUCUUGGAUCCCAUUCAUCCCCAGUUAUUGCUAGAGGCUCCAGAGGACAUCCAGUGCUUCAAGUUCUGCCCUACUGAUCCUAACAUAGUGGCUGGCGGGUGUCUUAAUGGGCAACUGGUAUUGUGGGAUAUCUCGGCACAUGCUGAGAGGUUAAGAACACCAAGAAGUAAUAGGAAAAAGACAAGCAAUACUUUGCCUGGUUUUGAGGAUGAGAGCGCCCUUGACAUUCCCAUUGUUCGAUACUGUGCAGUGUCCAGUAUUGACCACAGUCACAAGGCAGCCAUCACUGACCUGCUGUGGAUACCUGACCACAUGGAGCUGAACAGAAUGGGUAUCCCCCAGGAAAACAAACAGCAGCAAUGUGUACAAAUUAUGACAUGUGCCACUGAUCACUGUGUGUUAGUAUGGGACACCAGGUCUCCUAAAGGUCCCAGUGGUGGAGAUGAUAAAGGCAUCAAGAAUCCUAUGGGAGUGCCAAACACUUUCAAAUACUUGGAUCUGACUUGGAAACCACAUCUAAAGGUGACACUAAUGAAAUCUGAGCCUGGUGGUGACCACAGUCCUAUCAAAUUUAGUAUACAGGAGAAACAGGGGGACAGAAGUGUCUUGGCCAAAUUAGAAAGCCAGUCAAAGGAAGACAAGUCAGGCGGUGGCGGUGGUGGUGGUGGUGGCUUUGGUUUUGGCAAGCCAGGGUCUGGGAAAGAAAAGAGGACUCUACAGGAUGUCAAGACACACUUCUAUGUUGGGGGAGAGGAAGGGGAAAUCAUCUAUGUUGACUGGAUGCCUCAGAAGGACCAAGACAGUGGAAAGAUUCUAACCCCCAAACCUGAUUUUUACAACGCCCUCCAUGAUGGCCCAGUGAACACACUCCAGAGAUCUGCCUUCUUCAAGGACAUAGUGUUAUGUGUGGGAGGAUGGACAUGGUCUAUAUGGAAAGAGGGAGUCAAUUCUGGCCCUAUUCUGAGUUCAUCUGCGUCCACCAAACACCUGACAGCUGCCCACUGGUCACCAUCCAGAGCUGGAGUAUUCUAUGUGACCAGAGAGGAUGGCAGUAUUGAGGUCUGGGACCUCUUAGACAAAACACACGAGCCAUCACUUGUCCAGAGUAUCUCCUCAGCACCAAUAACAAGUAUUUACCCAUACCAGAUUUCUAGCAAGCAGCACCUUUUGGCAGUAGGAGACAACCUUGGAACAUUGCACAUCUUAGAAAUACCUUGGAGUCUUCGUGUUGCCACUCCAAAUGAGACGGUUGGUGUGUCCAAUUACUUUGACCGAGAAGUGAAAAGGCGGGCUUUUGUGGUGGAUAGAUGGAAUUUCAGGGAGCAGGAAAAGAGAGAGAUAGAAGCAGAACAUAAGAGAAAAGCAGGAAUUGCACCAAAUGUGGAACUUACAGAAGAGGAAGUUCAUUACCGUAUGAAACAGCAAUAUGCAGCAUUUUUGGAGGAAGAGUCAGCUUUUCUCAGGGAGUUAGGACUAAAAGAAGAUAUCGAUGAACCACUUCCCGAGGUUUAAAUUGAACCAGGCGGAUGACAAGGGCUUUUAUAUACCAAUGUUGCCUUGUAUCUGACAAAAAGACAACAUCCACAUUACUGGUAUCUUUUAUAUUUUAUAGAUUAUAAGUGUUUGAAAAGAAAAACUGUGAUAUUUUCUCAUUUUACUUUGUAACUGAUCACAUUCUAACAAAGGACUACUGUAUUAUUUGUUUGUGUACAUAACAACGUUAGUAGUGAUGACAUAUGUGUGAUUAUCAUAAAAUGUACAAUAAAAAGUAGUUGUAAGUUUAUUGGAUUUUUUAUACAAUAAACAAAAUAAAAACUGA